GCGCUCACAUGACUCUCCGCGGCUGCUUAAAACGGAGCCGAGCCGCGAGUGCUCACUCGGGCUGGAUAUGGCGGUGCUGCUGAUGUUGCGGUCGCAACCGGGACUCCGGUUUCUCCUCGCCGGGUUAUUGCUGCUCCUCGGGCGCGGCUCCGCGCUCUCUCCUCAGGACGAUAACUCACCGUUCGGGUCCCUCUGGCCCUUACCCCAGAAACUCAAUAUCGAGGCCGAGCUUUACCGGUUGAGCCCCGCGACUUUUCAGAUCGCCCACUCGCCCCAGUCCUCUGCUUCAGUCGGUUGCUCCAUCCUGGACAACGCGUUCCGCCGGUAUUUCUACUACAUCUUCGGCAGCUCGACCGAGAGAGACCAGCUGCUUGCUGCUGGUGGCAGUGGCGGCGGCGGCAACAUCGCUGAGUUGAGCCAGCUACAAGUCAUUAUCACCGCCAGUGACCCUGAGUGUAACCAACACCCCAGCGUCACUACUGUCGAAACCUACGAGAUUGAUGUUACUCAACCAGUAGCUAUUCUGAAAUCUGAAAAUGUAUGGGGUGCACUGCGAGGACUAGAGACCUUCAGCCAAUUGGUGUAUGAGGACCAAUAUGAUACUCUUCUUAUUAAUAAAACUCAGAUUCUGGAUUCUCCAAGAUUUGCUCAUAGAGGGAUUUUACUUGAUACAUCUCGGCACUAUUUGCCUCUUAAAGUAAUUCUUGAAACCUUGGAGGCUAUGUCAUUCAAUAAGUUUAAUGUUUUCCAUUGGCAUAUUGUGGAUGACCCAUCGUUCCCUUAUCAAAGUGCCAGCUUCCCUGAGCUGAGUGCACAGGGUGCUUACCAUCCAGUCACACACAUUUAUACAUUGGCAGAUGUAAAAAUGGUUAUCGAGUAUGCUCGUGAGAGGGGGAUUCGGGUCAUCCCAGAGUUUGACACUCCCGGGCACACACAGUCUUGGAAAGGCAUAAAAAACCUUCUUACUCCAUGUUAUAAUGGUGAGAAGCUUUCUGGAACAUUUGGACCCAUAAAUCCUUCUUUAAAUACAACAUAUGAAUUCUUGAAUCAACUCUUUAAAGAGAUCAGCAUGGUGUUUCCAGAUGCUUAUGUCCAUUUGGGAGGUGAUGAAGUCAAUUUUGCAUGUUGGCAAUCCAAUCCUGCUAUUACAGAGUUCAUGCAAAAACAAGGCUUUGGAAGUGAUUACAGAAAAUUGGAAUCUUUCUAUAUCCAAAAUCUUCUGGAUAUUGUAACAAGUCAUAUGAAAGGCUACAUGGUCUGGCAGGAAGUCUUUGAUAAUGGAGUGCAGAUUAAGCCAGACACUAUAGUUGAAGUGUGGAUGGAGAAAAAUAUGAAAGCAGAGUUAUCUAAAGUAACACUAGCUGGGUACACAACCAUUCUUGCAGCACCCUGGUACUUAGAUUACAUUUCCUAUGGACAGGACUGGCAAAAGUACCAUCAAGUUGAGCCUCUCCAUUUCAACGGAACUGCAGCACAGAAGAAGUUGGUAAUUGGUGGAGAGGCUUGUCUUUGGGGUGAAUACGUGGAUGCAACUAAUCUUGCCUCACGAUUAUGGCCUCGGGCAAGUGCUGUUGGUGAGCGUCUUUGGAGCACCGAAGCUACGACAGAUACAAGUGAUGCAUACAAGAGACUAACCAAACAUCGCUGCCGCAUGGUCCGACGUGGGAUACCAGCUGAACCACUGUUUGUUGGCCACUGUGAUUAUGAAUACAGAGGGUAACAAAGUUCAUCUGAGCAAAUGAAGCGUCCCUUGGAAAAAGAUGCAUCUUUUGUAUUUUUAAAUACAAACUAACAUAACUUGAAAUUAAAUUUAAUCAACACUGAGGUUUAGAGAAUUUUGUUUUGGAACAAGAAUGAAUGUUUGAUUUUUCUUUUAAAUGCUAUUUGGAAGGACUAUGCAAUAAAGUUCUAAAUUAUAUUUUUAAAAUUAACUCUAUUGUUUCUUUCUCUUGGAACUUUUUUUAAUGCUGUAUCAGUCAGUGGUGAAAAUGUUAUGAUGUCUGUUAAUUUUGUUAUCUUGCCAAAAUCAAAAGCCUAAAUUUGCUGCAUGACUAAUAUUGAGCUGUACCUUAUUUUGAUAUCUCCAUGCUAUAUUUCCUCUAAGCUUUUUUAAGAAAUGUUUAGGUUAUGUAUAACCUGACAAUUUUAUAAAGAUGCACUGUUGAAAUUAAAUGAAAAUAAAUUUAAAA